AUAACACACUCGCCGUUCAACUCCACUAGUUUUGUUUUCUCACAAAAUUAUCAUGCAGCCACGCGAUCUUUUACAUAUUCUAUUCCUAUUCUGUUUGCGUUUUGCAAUUAACUUUUUGAUUCUCUACCUCCAAAAAGAAAACGACGUUCCGGCGGACUCGAAACGGCUCGGAACCCUGGCGAGUGACAAAGGCUGGCAGGUGUAAAACCCCCACAGCUGAUUUCUAUUUUGCACGCGACUUUGAAUUUGACGAGAUGGAAAGUUGCAUUAAUUGUGUGGAUAACUUGAGGAAAUACAAGUGCAGCAAAUGCUCGGCGCCCUACUGCUCUGUGGCUUGUUACAGGGCACACAAAGAUUCGCCCCAAUGCGUGGCCAGGGAAUCGGAGGUAAAGAAGACUGAAGUUGGCUACCAGGAGGAACCUACGCUCCAUGUGCCCUUCCCCACCGAAGACACAGUGGCCGCGGACAAGCUCCAGCAAUUAGAGAACUGCCAGGACCUACGCAAUUUGCUCCAUAAUCCACACCUGCGUUCGCUGCUCCAGCAGAUCGAUGUGGCCAUCAAUGCGCAGACGGCCAUGAUGGCCGCCAUGCAGGAGCCACUCUUUGUGGAGUUCGCCAAUGCCUGUCUGCAGGUCGUCGAGCCGAUGACGGAUGCGGAGCGCGUUGAAUUUGAGUUGUACUCCUGAAAUGAGGUUCACAGAAACACAAUUCACGGUCUCAAAUAAACUAAGCCUUUAUUUUGUAA